AUGUUCAAAUUGUUUAUAAUUGCUGUGCUAUACAUUACCAUUGUUAAUGGUAAUGUUAAAAAUGAUCUUAAAGAUAAAAUAACAGAUACACUAAGUCAAGGAGGAAAAGUCAAACAACAUACUGUCAAUGUUAUUAAUGAACGUGUUAAUCAUGCUAAAGGUGCUACACAUUCAGCUGCUGACGCCAUCAAGGAUAAUAUUGACACGGCAAAAGACAAAGCUUCUGGAACACGGAAAGCUGGUCAAAAAUUAGCCGAAAAUGCCAAAGCAACGGCAGGCAAAAACCGUGAUGAAACUAAAAAAGCAGGUAGAGACCUUAAAAAGAAAGGUAGUGCCAGUGCCGAAGAUUUAAAAGAAACAGCUAACCAUGGUGCCAAAUCAGCGAUGAAAACGGCUGAAAACGUCGCCGAAAAAGCGGCCAGUGAAAAACUGAAACGUCAAGCAAGUGACGCCGGUGAAAAAGUCAAAACAACUGUAGAAGAUGCUAAAGAACAAGUAGAAAAACAAAGUGAUGGUCUUAUUGACAAAUUUUUUAAUAUUCUUACGAACGUCAAAAAUUCAAUUUUGGAACCUGUUGGAUUUGCAUCAAAUACUGCUACUGAUGCAACUGAUCAAGCUACGUCGAAAGUGGAUGAAAUUUCCGAUACAGCAAAGAAAGCGACUGGAAAAGCUAAGAAAAAAGUUAAAGAAACCAUUGAUCUCUAG